AUGAAAUUCUUGGAGACCAUAGUUGCGAUGGUUUUAGGUAUUGCUCUUUCCUUCAACAUUGUGGGAAACAUGAGCUGCAAUGCUGCUGGACAGUAUAACUACUUUAAGUUUGUUCAGGAGUCUCCUUUUGCAUAUUGCAAAGAUGGUAAUGGAAAUAAUAGAUGCAACAUCCUACCUCUGCCACGGAUAUUUACCAUUCAUGGCUUGUGGCCAAGCAACUUCACAAAUCGUCAUGAACCUUGCGUUGGUGCACAAUUUAGUAGAGUUGUGAUGAAUGAAGCCUCCAAUGAUGACUUGCGAGCUGAUCUGCAGUUGUCAUGGCGAAGCUUCAACAGUCGGUGGUCAAAUAUGGACUUCUGGGAAUAUGAAUACAACAAACACGGCAAGAGAGGUGACUCGAAUCUAGGGCAUCGAAUGCAAGAGUAA